AAUUAAAUACGACAAAGAAUCUGAACAAAGCCAAUUUCGGUGGCCGGCCCUGCAGAGCACUACAGAAAACGACAACACUACAGGAAUCACAAAAACACAAGCCAAACAAAACAAAAACAGGAAAUUACAGAGCCUGUUCCACCGCUUUGAACUCAGGUCAGAUCAAUUUUCAUUCUCGCAACAACACCAAUAUGGACAAUAUAUGUAUCCUGAUGGUCUGCCCAACAUCAACCUACAUCGAAGAAGAGCUUGAGAAAAGCUUCAAACUGCUGAAGUUAUGGCACUUUGAAGACCAAGAUCAGUUCAUCAAGGCUCACUGCAACUCGAUUCGGGCUAUUGUUAGUAGCGGCAAAGCUGGGGCGAAUUCGGAACUGAUUGAAUCUUUGCCUAAACUCGAGAUCAUCUCAAAUUAUGGUGUUGGAUUGGACAAGAUUGACUUGGUCAAGUGUAAGGAAAAGGGUGUUAGAGUUACCAACACCCCUGAUGUGCUGACUGACGAUGUUGCAGACUUGGCAAUUGGGUUGAUUUUAGCUGUUUUGAGGCAGAUUUGUGAGAGUGACAGAUAUGUAAGAAGUGGGAAAUGGAAGAAGGGAGAUUAUAAGUUGACCACUAUGUUCACUGGAAAAUCAGUUGGCAUAAUUGGUUUGGGCAGAAUAGGCAUAGCCAUAGCCAAGAGAGCAGAGGCAUUUAGAUGCAAUAUCAGUUACCACUCAAAAACUGAGAAACCAAACUUGAACUACAAGUACUAUCCCAAUGUUAUAGAACUGGCAUCAAACUGCCAAAUCCUGGUUGCUGCAUGCUCCUUAACAGAAGAAACAAGACACAUCAUCAAUCGAGAAGUCAUCGAUGCGUUAGGUGAAAAGGGUGUUGUCAUCAACAUUGGUAGAGGCCAUCUGGUGGAUGAAGCUGAGCUGGUAUCAGCACUGGUUGAAGGCAGACUAGGUGGUGCUGGACUUGACGUGUUUGAAAAUGAGCCUCAAGUCCCUGAAGAGCUUUUUGGCCUGGAAAAUGUUGUGUUAUUGCCCCAUGCAGGAACCGGCACAGUGGAAACUCGCCAGGCCAUGGCUGAUCUUGUCAUUGGAAACUUGAAGAAUCACUUCAACAGCAAGCCAUUGCUCACUCCUGCAGUUUGAUUGAUUUUUGCAAACUUGCAAGCCUAAUUUGAUUGUUCUCUAUGUUGUGAUGAUUUUAGAGCUGCAGUUUGAGAAAUUGAGAAACAAUUAAUCAAUAAUGAAUAUAUUGUAUGGCC